AACAAAACUGCCCUGCCACCACCACCCAAUAGCAACAAGAGACUCCAGGGUUGGGGUGACAAGUUCUCAUGUCCUAAAUAAGGAGAGCCCAUACCGAUGCUCCUGUCUCAGCGCUGCCAUGACUUCAACUGGGUGAGAUGGAGCCAGAACCCUGCCCUGGAAUGCAAGAGAAGCGGGUGGUGGAGACCAAUGAGCCAGUGUUGAAGAAGGCCUACACAGGCCCUGGUGACAAUGAAAGUCAGGAGGAGAAGGAACUGUUCCAUGGGCUUCUGCAGGAAGACAAGGAACCCCAUGGGGAGGGAGACCCCAGGAUAGACUGCCAGGGUGGAGGGAAGGAGGGCACUACGUUAAACCAGCUCCCUAUGUCUGAGAUUACAGAGAUCCCCUGUGUGGAAGAGAGGAAGCUGAAGACCCCCAGUUUUGUGAAGACAGUGCGGUUCAGUGAAACAGAGUCUGUGGAGGACAGAGAGAACUCGGAGGAGGUUCUCUUCCCAGACCAUGAGAUGUUGCAGUGGACCUCCUCCAGCUUCGAGGAGCUGUUCCUGGCUGAGGACUGGGAGAACAUCACAGAUGAUCGGCUGUUGAGGAAGAAGGUGCUAGUGCCUGGCCCCCAGCAAGCUGUGCACCCAGCCUGGGGUCAGGAGGUCACAGUCAAAAUGCAGGGAGUGCUGGAGGACAGGACUGUGGUGGAGAAGGACCCUAAACUGGUGUUCGUCAUCGGAGAGGGAGAUGUAAACCAGGCCCUGGAGGAGUGUGCCAUAGCCAUGCAGCAGGACGAGGUCGCAUUACUGCUGGCAGAUUCACAGUACACCUAUGGACUUCUGGGAAGGGAGACAGAUAUUCCAGCCUGGGCCCCCUUACUCUACCAGCUGCAGCUCCUGGACAUCAGAGAGAAGCCCGACCCUCUGAUUCUCCCCAUUUCGGACCGUAUGCGCAUCGGAAACCAGAAACGAGAGCGUGGGAACUUCCACUUCCAGAGGGAGGAGUACAGCAUGGCUGCCAGGGCCUACUGGAUGGCUCUUGAUGUCCUUACUACACAUACUAGAGAUGGUAGUAGUGAUGUGCUGUUGGAGGGGGAGGAGGAGGAGGUGCAGGACUACCGGGUGAAGUGUCUGAACAACCUGGCAGCAGCUCAGCUGAAAUUGGAGCAGUACGAUGACGCACUACACACCAGCCGGGAUGUUCUGUCCCUUGAUCCACAAAACGUCAAAGCCCUCUUCAGGACAGGAAAGCUUCUGUCAGACAAGAGCGAGUACCAGGAGGCCAUGGAGAUACUGAAGAAGGCCCUGAAACUGGAGCCAUCCACUAAGGCCAUCCAUGUUGAGUUGUCCAAGCUAGUGAAAAGGCAAUCAGGAGGCAAAGAUACCCAGAAGUGGCAAGCCAAACCUGCCCAGCUCCUCGGAGACAAUAUUGCCCCAUUUCUGACUCCUUCUAAAAAGAAGCCACCUGGAAUUUCAUGGACGUUCCUGCUUGGUGCUCUGGUGGUGGCCUUGGGCAGUUUAGUGACGUCAGUGGUUCUCACUGCAAGAAACUGACAUCCUCUACAAAGGAACUGUCCUCUACACAAGUCCAGCUCAUGAAUACUAAACUGAGUUGUCUACUGUGAAUAAAAUAAAGAUUGCACUGAACAAUAAAA